AUGACCCGUGCUCAGCUCGAGGCCCUCGUCGACCCCCUGAUCCAGCGUACCACCGAGCCCGUCCGCAAGGCUCUCAAGGAUGCCAACCUGAAGGCCAGCGACAUCCAGGAUAUCAUCCUGGUCGGUGGUAUGACCCGUAUGCCCAAGGUUACUGAGUCCGUCAAGUCCAUGUUCGGCCGUGAGCCCUCCAAGUCGGUUAACCCCGAUGAGGCUGUUGCCAUUGGUGCCGCCGUCCAGGGUGCCGUCCUGGCUGGUGAGGUCACUGACGUUCUCCUGCUCGAUGUGACUCCCCUGUCCCUCGGUAUCGAGACUCUCGGCGGUGUUUUCACCCGUCUGAUCAACCGUAACACCACCAUCCCCACCAAGAAGUCCCAGACCUUCUCCACCGCUGCCGACAUGCAGACCGCUGUCGAGAUCAAGGUCUACCAGGGUGAGCGUGAGCUCGUCAAGGACAACAAGAUGCUGGGUAACUUCCAGCUGGUUGGCAUUCCUCCUGCCCACCGUGGUGUCCCCCAGAUCGAGGUCACCUUCGACAUUGACGCCGACUCCAUUGUCCACGUCCACGCCAAGGACAAGUCCACCAACAAGGACCAGUCCAUCACCAUUGCUUCCGGCUCCGGUCUCUCUGAUGCCGAGAUCCAGAACAUGGUUGACGAGGCUGAGAAGUACGGUGAGGCCGACAAGGAGCGCAAGGCUGCCAUCGAGGCUGCCAACCGCGCCGACAGCGUCCUGAACGAUACCGAGAAGGCCCUCAAGGACUUCGAGGACCGUCUCGACAAGGCUGAGGCCGAGACCAUCCGUGAGAAGAUUGCCACUCUCCGCGAGUACGUCGCCAAGAACCAGUCUGGCGAGGGUACCGCUACCGCUGAGGAGCUCAAGGCCAAGGUUGAUGAGCUCCAGACUGCUUCCCUGACCCUGUUCGACAAGAUGCACAAGGCUCAGAACGAGCAGCAGCAGCAGGGUGGUGAGCAGCAGGGUGAGAACAAGCAGUAA